AUGGUCAAGUACGUAUUAACGGGCGUUGGGGGAGGCAUUGGUAGCAUCGCAGCAGACUACGCUGUUGAGAAUCAAAACCCUGAAGAUGAAUUGGUGCUUACUAGUUCAGACGUUUCAAAGCUUGCCCCCCAUUCUGUUAAGGCUUGGAAAGCCAAGGGUGCCAUCGUGGAACAAGCCAACUACUCUGACGUUGAGAGUCUGAAGAAGGUGUUUCAAGGGGCUGAAGCUGUUGCCUUCAUCUCCACCUGGCUGAUUGGUGAUGGUCGUCGUGGCCAGAUGAAGAACUGUAUCCAAGCUGCUAAAGAGGUAGGUGUCAAGCGUAUUUGCUACACGUCAUUCGUUGGUGCUGGAUCGGACAAACCGAAUGAGGAGCUGCCAUUCUUACCUCAAGAUCACCAGUUUACAGAGCAGCAAAUCUAUGCUUCGGGAUUGGAUUACAACAUUCAACGCAAUUACUUGUACCAGGACAAUACUCCUUGUCUUUUCGCCCAAUCGUGGCAUUAUACUGAGGAUCGUUGGCUCGCAAACAGUCACGAUGUCCCAGGUGCUUACGUCGCCAAGUCAGACUGUGGUCGUGUCUUUGGUGCGCUGUUGCUUGGUAGGCAAGAGAAAAACACUGUUGUGGAGGUAACGGGGCCUGAAGCGGUUACAGACCGUGAGAUGUUUGAGUGGAUGAAUGGAAUUAGUGGUUACAAAGCCGAGUUUGUUGACAUGCCUGACGAGCAGCUACGUGCUUAUUGGCUCGAACGUGGUCUACCCACGGAUGUGGAUGGUGACUUUUCUCAGCUGCCCAUGAAGCUGUGCAUGAACGAUCUACUUUGCUGUGGCAAAAUGCUGGCUGAUGGGUCGAUGAGUAAGGUGACAGACACGGUGGAGCGUCUUACUGGCCGCAAGCCUCUAAGCUACAAGGAAAAUCUACUCCAAUACGUGGACAUUUUCCCGAAGAAUCCGUGA